CCCGGUCAGGGACGACUGUGUCAAAAGGGACGGCGGCGGCGACUUGUCCGAGCCGUAGUAGUAAUGGCGGGGAGUGGUGGAGGGUCUGCUGCAGACGACGCGAGUAUGGCUGGCUUUCAUGACAAAAACUCCAGGGUUGUCGGGACGUGGAAGAUCAUAGAGUGUGUUUCAUUAUCAGGCUCUUCAGAAGCAACAGGAAUUGAAGGGACCGAGUUUGUUUUAUCAGAGGCAGGUGAUGUUACUUGGACGGUCACAGAUGGCUGUGAUGCACUUCCCCUAUUUUCUUGCCAAAUGUAUGAAGUUUACACCUACCAGAAUCUUCAGUGUUAUGGCAACAGAACGUUAUUACGCUUUGCAGCGUACAAUGGUCAUAUUAUCGAGUUCAGAUUGGACCAACCGGUGAUGUCUAGAGAUUUAAUGUUACUCACGUAUGAUGGCUGGUUCAUGCUACAGUGUGAGAAGCUAAGUAGUCCUGAUGUGGUACCAGACCUUCCAUAUUCUCUGUUGCCAGCAUUGACUGAUGGUUAUUUCCACGAUGUUGUGAUUACCUCACGUUCUGGUAGAAAGUUUGAGGUGCAUAGCAUUAUUUUAAAAUCCAGUAUGCCUGGUAUGGACUGGACAGACUUGUGUGGAUUGGAAGACUCAGCUCUUGAGACUGUCUUGCACUAUUUAUACUCUUGUAGUCUACCUCCCGACCUCUCCCCUGCCACAGCUCAGAAGACCAUUGCUGCAACACGACACCUAGGAAACUUUGAAGAUUUCAGAAAGAAGUGUGAUAUCUUUAUCAAAAAUUCUAAUCUGAGAAACAGACUAGUAUGCUUGAUGCAAGAAGUUCAAGACUGUGUAGAAGCAAUGGCUCAACUUUUCAAUCCUGGUGAUCCUUCUGGGACAAGUCCUUCUCAUCUUAUCUCUGUUUUGAAGGCAGCACUCAGACAAAUGGCUAUCGUGGAUGUUCACUCAUAUGACAUAAUAGGAUAA